AUGCUCUCAAUCUCCACGGAAAUCGAAAUAAAUUGCGCCCCUUCACAAGUGCGGGCAACUCUCCUCGAUUUUGAUAAUCAUCCUCAAUGGAACCCUUUUUUUCAGUCGAUUCGAGUCUUGAAAGGCGAUCCCUCAGAUAUCAAGCAGGGCGAUCAGCUUGAGGUGAUCAUGCAAAGUAGCGGAGGAGGCAGCCCGAUGACUUUCAAGCCAACUGUUCUCCGCAACGACGCUGAGCGCUUUGAGUGGAAGGGCGUCCUUUGGAGCGAUUGGAUUUUUGCCGGCAAGCACUCUUUUGAGUUCAUUGAUCUCGAUGGGGGCCAAAGAACUCGGCUGAUUCAGAGCGAGCAGUUCACAGGGUCGCUUAUGUUCGCGCUCAAGUAUUUCCUUCGCGACACGCCCAAGGACUUCGAUGCCCUCAACGCCGCACUUAAAGAGACUUGCGAAAAAUAG